AGAAAUUGAGUUGUUUUUGGUUUUCUCCCUUCUGAGUUUGUUUGUUUCGUGGAAGGGAGCAAAAUUCUCCAUUUUCGCUUUUUGAUUUUUUUUAAUUGUUUCUCUUCUCCGAUUUCUCGGUCGCCAAGGGAAUUGGCUUCAGCUGGAUGUUUUUAUCUCAUUCAAUAUUUAGGGCUUUAGUGCGAUUUUAGGUUUCUUCCUGUGAUUUUUCUUCUGGAUUAGCUUUGUGGUGCCCAAAACUCCUUUGGAAUUGGAGAAUGGAGUCUCCGAUCAAAUGUUGUGAUUGUGGCUGCGAUUGUUCUUCACAAGGUCCAUGGAUUCGAUCUAUCAAGAGAAGACACGAUGAAUUAGUGGAGGAGAAACGUUUCUCUGUACCGGAGCUGGACGACCUUGACAUGUUCUCGAAUCCCAGAGUCCAUAUCGAGAACGAAUGUGAAUUACUACGCGAGACUGUUUCCAACCAACAGCAGACGAUUCAGCAUUUGUACAAUGAGCUCGAGGAAGAGCGUAAUGCUUCGUCUUCUGCUGCAGAUGAAGCUAUUGGUAUGAUUCGGAGGUUGACGGAUGAAAAAGCUGCUCUCCAGAUGGAGCUUACUCAGCUUCAGCGUAAUUUUGACGGCAAAGUGCAAUACGAAAACGCUGAGAUUGCCGCUUUGGAAGAUGUUGUCUAUCGAAGGGAUCAGAUUAUUCAGGCUCUUGAGUUUGAAACUCAGGCUUAUAAGCAUAGGUUGAUGAGUUACGGGCUUACCGAGGCAGAGGCUGAUUGUGACAAGAGCUUGCUUAGUCGUUACCCGAGCAUGAUCGACAUUAAUUCCGAAUCUGACUUCCCUACUUAUGACUACCCUCCUCUUAAGUGCAAUAUAAAUGAGAACCAAGAUCCUCUGGAGGCUGAUAUCUAUGUUGCAGAUGAUGAAAACUACCCACCAGCUAAUUCUCCUCAUGGGCGAGAACAUCUGAAGACUUUGGAUCGCAGACUAAGCCAGAUGGAGACAAGUCCCAGCUUUACUCAGUUGAAUGGUGAUCUUUCGGGUGCGAGAGGGAGGGAUGUUUUGGAGAAGGGAAUGGUUGGUGAGAGUCCUAGGCAUCAAAGACAAGUUAGGAGGAUUUCCCCCACUGGUUCAAGUUCACACUUGGGAGCAUCUAAAGAACUAAGACCUGAUGUUUUUGUUGAUUCCCCGAGGUUCGAAAGCUACAGCUCCAAGAAAGUGGAAAAUGUCUCGUAUACAGAGAAUAAUAAUAAUACUAAAGAUGACUCGUCAGAAUUAGGAGAUGACAUGAGUGAUAGAGUUUAUACUAUUGAUUCCGUCCAUCACAGCAGUGUGUCUUAUAGUGGUGGUGUUACUGAACAGAAGCUUGAGGAUGGCACUUCUGAUAGCAAUGUGGUUUUCCCGAGAGAACACACAGAUCUUGGUGAUCCUGAUAUAACAAAACUCUACAUGAGGCUUCAAGCACUGGAGGCUGACAGGGAAUCAAUGAAACAGGCACUUCUCUCUAUGAGGACUGAAAAAGCUCAAAUGGUACUGUUGAAAGAAAUUGCUCAGCAUUUGUCAAAGGAAGUUGUCCCUCAACGGAGAUUGCCUCUACGUAAAGCGUCUAUUGCUGGGCCUUUGACUUUCACUCCCGUCUUUAAGUGGAUCACAUCUUUUGUUUCAUGGAAAAGAAAGGCUCGUCGAAGCAAAUACAUGUUUGGAAUGUCAGGAAACAACUUGGGCUUGAAAAUGCUUCUAGAAAAAGCCCCUCGGUCACAAAAAUGGCGAUGUGUUCUUAGGAGCACCCAAGUGUGAAACAGAUCCAAUACUUUCAAGCAAACAAAAUCACUCUCAUGACUCUAGAAUACAAAGCACAUAGUGUCAAAUACUGAUGGAUUGGAUUGCAAGGUAACAUUUGUUGCCUUUCUACAACUUGGAAUUGGAUUCUCAUUCUUUCUUCAUUGUGCUGUGCGAUAUUCAUACUGUUUUCCCCAAUAUUUCAACUGUUGUAUAAAAGAAUUGGGUUAAAGAAUGAUAUACCUCAGAGGCCAUACAGUCUUUGUAUGGUGUCCAACUUAAAUUGUUUCAUUCAUGGGUUUUUUUUCCAAUAUUUUGGAGAUUCAUCAGAGUAAGUUCUUUU